AGCGCUGAAAAAGGUUCUGCCUGGCAUACUGCAGAAGCAUUGCUGUAUUUUACCUGACAGGAACACAGAGUCACAGUGUACACUCUGUGGGGAGCCUGAAGAUUUGGAUUCUCUAACAGGGCAUGCAUUUCCAGAGCUGCAAGUGUUAUGGGCAUGUUGAGAACUUCCAGAAGCUGGAUUAAAGCAUCUCUUUUACAAUGAUAUCUAAUCUCGUCCUAAAGCUCCAAGCAAUGGCGAGUCCACCAGCUCCCCUGACCAGCAGUACUCAUGGUCGCCUUCUCAGCACUUCAAUGAAGAAAGAUACUCUCCUGCUCCGAGGAAUAUGAAAGGAUUAUCUGGUAGUCGCAAUCAACCACAGUUAUGUUCAGCUCAUACUUGUGGCUUAGCAUCCCCUGAAGAUUGUGAACAUACCCACGACCAUAUCCACCAUGGGCAGGAGCCAAGACCAUCGUAUCUUCUCAGCCCCACAGAGAGUUGCCCACUGGACCACCAUCGUUGCUCCCCACGCAGCUCCAUUCAUUCUGAGUGCAUGAUGAUGCCCAUGGUAAUGGGCGAUCACAUGUCAAGUAGCACUUUCCCCAGAAUGCACUACAGCUCACAUUACGACUCAAGAGACGACUGCGCCAUGUCUCACGGUAACCCUAAGAUAAACCGUAUUCCUGCAAAUCUUUUGGACCAAUUUGAGAAACAACUUCCUCUUCACCGGGAUGGGUUUCAUACUUUACAGUACCAGAGGACCUCAACAGCUGCGGAACAACGCAGUGAGAGCCCGGGAAGGAUACGCCAUCUUGUUCAUUCUGUCCAGAAACUUUUUACUAAAUCUCAUUCUCUGGAAGGAUCAUCCAAGGGCAAUGUUAAUGGAACAAAGGGAGACAGUCGAGGGGACGAUCAUCAUCAUGGACACCAUUCCAAGCAUAGCAAAAGGAGUAAAAGUAAGGAGCGAAAACCAGAAGGCAAGCAUAAAUCUGGAAUGAGUAGCUGGUGGAGCUCUGAUGAUAAUUUGGACAGUGAUAGCACUUACCGAACCCCUAGUGUGGUAAAUAGGCAUCAUGCAGAUCAUAUAUCCCAUUGUUAUCCUGAGGCACUCCAGGGGCAUUUUGGGGAUCUCUCAUUGAAGACUUCCAAAAGUAACAAUGAUGUGAAGUGUUCGGCUUGUGAAGGGCUACCAAUGACCCCUGACAGUAAAUAUAUGAAAAGGAGUUCUUGGUCCACGCUUACAGUAAGUCAGGCUAAAGAAGCUUAUCGCAAGUCAUCACUGAACUUAGAUAAGCCUCUGGUUCAUCAGGAAAUCAAACCUUCCUUGAGGCCGUGCCAUUACCUUCAGGUACCUCAGGAUGAAUGGGGAGGAUACCCAGCUGGUGGGAAAGAUGAAGAGAUCCCGUGCAGAAGAAUGAGAAGUGGGAGCUAUAUUAAGGCCAUGGGAGAUGAAGAAAGUGGAGAUUCUGAUACUAGCCCCAAGACAUCGCCAAAAUUAACAGUUCGACCAGAGUCAUUAUUAAAAUCCAUUGGGCAAAGACCACUUGGAGAUCAUCAAAAUCAGAGCUACCUUCAAACUGCAAGUGACGUGCCUGGGGGUCACAACCUGGAUCCCUCUGCAAACUACAAUUCCCCAAAGUUUCGCUCAAGGAAUCAGAGCUAUAUGAGAGCAGUGAGCACCCUCAGUCAGGCCAGCUGUGUUAGUCAGAUGAGUGAAGCAGAGGUUAAUGGACAAUUUGAAUCGGUGUGUGAAUCAGUGUUUAGUGAAGUUGAAGCUCAGGCAAUGGAUGCCCUUGACCUCCCUGGAUGUUUCCGAACAAGAAGCCACAGUUACUUGCGUGCCAUUCAGGCAGGCUAUUCCCAAGAUGAUGAAUGUAUACCUGCGCUGACAUCUUCCAACAUCACCUCAACCAUCAGGUCAACCACAGCUGUAACUUAUACAAGUUACAAAAAAACACCACCACCAGUACCCCCUCGUACCACUUCCAAGCCGCUGAUCUCCGUCACGGCACAGAGCAGCACAGAAUCCACCCAGGAUGCAUAUCACGACAGCCGGACUCAGAGGAUAUCCCCGUGGCCGCAGGACGGGCGAGGGAUGUACAACUCCACCGACAGCUUGGACAGCAACAAGGCCAUGAACCUCGCCCUGGAGACAGCGGCUGCCCAGCGCCACGCGGCCGAGAGCCAGAGCACCUCCAUACGGACCAGUGACAAGGCCAUCCUAGUGACUAAAGCGGAGGAGUUUCUGAAGAGUCGGCGUUCCUCUAUAGGGAUCCAGGUGGAAACAGCUACUGAUUCAGAUACUGAAAGCAGAGGCCUGCGGGAAUACCACUCUGUUGGAAUACAAGUGGAAGAUGAAAAACGGCAUGGACGAUUCAAGCGCUCCAACAGUGUAACAGCAGCUGUCCAGGCUGACCUGGAACUGGAGGGUUUUCCAGGACACAUCACCAUGGAGGAUAAAGGACUUCAAUUUGGCUCAUCAUUCCAGCAGCACUCAGAGCCCAGCACACCCACCCAAUACAGUGCAGUGAGAACUGUACGGACACAGGGACUGUUCAGUUACAGAGAAGAUUAUAGGACCCCAGUUGACACCUCAAACCUUCCACCACCAGAGCCCUGGCUAGAGCCAGCCAUUGAGACAGUAGAGACUGGUCGAAUGUCUCCUUGUCGACGGGACGGAUCUUGGUUUAUGAAGUUACUACACACUGAAACUAAGAGAAUGGAAGGAUGGUGCAAAGAAAUGGAAAGAGAAGCAGAAGAAAAUGAUCUUUCUGAAGAGAUCCUAGGUAAGAUCCGAAGUGCUGUUGGAAGUGCUCAGCUCCUCAUGUCUCAGAAAUUCCAGCAAUUUUAUUGGCUUUGUCAGCAAAAUCUGGACCCGAGUGCCAUGCCAAGACCAACUUCCCAGGACCUUGCAGGUUUCUGGGACUUACUGCAGCUCUCAAUUGAAGAUGUCAGCAUGAAGUUUGAUGAACUGCACCAGUUGAAACUCAAUGAAUGGAAAAUAAUAGAAUCACCCGAAAGGAAGCCAACGGGUUGGUGGAUGGAAGAAAGAAAGAUUCCUCCUCCUGUACCAAAGAAGCCCCCAAAAGGAAAAUUCCCUAUCACAAGAGAAAAAUCUCUGGACCUACCUGACAGACAACGGCAAGAAGCUAGAAGACGGCUGAUGGCUGCCAAGCGAGCAGCCUCUUUCCGGCAGAAUUCAGCCACAGAGCGUGCAGACAGCAUUGAGAUCUAUAUCCCAGAGGCUCAAACCCGGCUUUAAAGACAGAAUGCUGCAGAGUUCCUUUUUUUUAAACAAAAUGCUUGUACAGUUUGUCACUUACCUGGUAAUUUUUGUCUCAUUCUCUCCACUAAAUAUGCCCUUGAUGUUGUGUUCUUUGUGCCAUAAGCACAGUGGAAUGCUUUUGAUUUCCUCAGAAUUUGCUGAGCUCACCGCAAGAACGACUUCUUUUUGUAUUUAUUGUCUGACUUACAAUCAGCUACAAUGGAUAGGGCUUGUCAAGACCUGACUUAUCCAAUAUAUUCUCAGAGGACAACAAGAAACACCUCUUGAGAUGGAACCCAGCUUACUUUUUUGUUAUUUAUAUUUUUAUAAAAUGUGUGAUAAUUAGGGAUAAGAAUAACAAACUAUAAAUGGGUGCAUCUCACCAUUCACUAGAGGCAUUAGCUAAUCCAAGUAGAAGGUGCUACAAAUGUAAAGAGCAGGAAAGAAAGAACCCAUUUAUCUCCUUGACCUCCAGUUUCUUUUCCUAGAAUCCAGCUAACAUUAUCUACCCAUGCGCUCUGCCACUCUUCUCAUCUUUGUUACUGCAGAAUAACAUUAGGCCUCUCAUCUCAUUCAAGUUUCUGGAGAUGAACAGGGAUAUCCAGCCACUAAAACUCCAAAGUUCAUCAGAAUCCAAGAAGCAUACAAGUCUGGUGAUAGUGGGAAUGUUGUCCACUAAGAAACGUUUGCUGUUAGCAGUAUAACGACACUCUGAAACAUAAGCAAAAUUUUAAUGCAAGAGGACUUGAGUGAUGGGUGAAAGGAAAACGGAAGCCUUAAAAAGUUAGAUCUUCUGUAGUAAGAUGAGUAAAGAAAAAGUUAUACUCGCUCCUUUGGACCACUCAUUGCAUUUUUAAUAGUUCUUUUACAUGUUAAUAUUUAUUUUAUAAACCUUCUCUCUUUCAUUUCAAGAGCUGUGCUACAUGUACUAUUUCAAACUCUCAAAUUGUUAUAACAAUUGAGUUUCCAGGGUAUCCUUGAGAACAAAAAAAUCUUGCUUGUUUAAAAUGCCAGUUGUGAUGUUGUAAACAGUUUAAGAAAUAUGAAUGUGAGUGGUAAGUAUAUAUAAGUUUAAAUGGUUAUGUUAAGGUAAAGGUGAACUGUAGUUUACAAUUGUAUUUUUUUUUUUUUUUAGAACUAUUUUUCUAUGCAGUAUCAUUUAUGGCAAGAAUAAGAUUCUUGCUUGCUUCAGACAUAGGAAAAAAAAAACCCACAACCACCUGACUCAAGAAAUAAGUGAUUUCCAGCCUUGGAAUAUAAGGAAAAUAAUAUAUUUUCAAGCCUCAUAUUGUCAGAAGAGAGAAGUGGUAGCUACCACAGUCAAGAGGCUUUAUUUAAAACUAAUUAGGACAGAUUUAUUCCACUUCACCUACCUUCCAGAGCCAACCAAGCAAUCCAGCACUUAGAAGUCUUCAGGUGAAGACGCAAUAAAAUGAGUAACAUGCAGCCCCCAAUACCAAGGAUUGAAUCCUUUUGAAUGCAAGUUUAGGUGAAAAGAAUGACAACCCAGUGAGACAGACAGCCCUAGCUACCGCAUUCCCUAUUUAUCUGCUUUAACAAAUGCAAUGUAUUUAGCCAUAGGCAGAUCAACUCUUUAAUUAUACUCAAGCACUUUGGUUCUUCACCUGUUGAGCACUUUAAAUCCAAAUCCCAUGCACCCUGCAGCCUGAUGGAUGACUGAAAACAUGAAGGACCGUAGGUUAUGCAGAUCUGACAUUGCUUCAAAUCUGUUUUCUUUUGUUUGGUUGGCUGUUUUUUUCCCUUCUCUUUUUCCUACAGUGUGUGGUAUUAAGCAUGAGUUCUGUCUUUGGACAGCUGAUAAAGCAUGCUUGGCUUCAAAGUAUGAAUCUUUAGAGAUGAAGUUUUGAGAAGUUUCUGUGAGAAGACACCCCUGUAAAUUGAGCCUGGUAUCUGGUAUAUACUUUACCAAAUAGCCUUAAACUAUAUUUGAAGCAAAAACCAAGACGAAUGUAUAUCCUUCAAGAAUGC